CAUAUUACUCAGACCUAUAUUGAGAAUAUAUACAAAAUUCAAACAUUCCUAAACCAAAACGCCAGAGCAACUACUACCACAGAUCCAACACAGGAUUAUAUAACCCAGAAACUCCAAGGAUAUAAUAGGCUUAUUGCACAGCCAAAAACUAGAGCCAAUUUAGUAAAAACAUGUUACAACUAUGGAUUACUUAGUACGGUAUGUACCUAUGAUGGGGAAGAGAUAAGUGGAAUACCAGAGCUAUACAAAACAUUUAUUACAUUCAAAAGAAUUACAAAAGGAAACUUAUUUUUUAUAAAAUUCUAUACAGCACCAGCUGAGAUACUAUAUGAUGAAAUAAAACCUAUUAUACAAGUUGUAAAAAUAGGCUUAACACGAGAUAUGAUAAUACCAGAAGAAAUUGAACAACAACCAGAAAUACCGAAAAUUGAGAUACCAGGAUUUUAUGCCAACAAAAGAAUAAUUGGCAUAGCAACCAUUAUACAAGAGCUAGCCAACAAUUAUUUACAAGAAAAUGCUAUCUGGAGCUACUACUCAAGAGACCAGCUAAUGAUAUAUGCCAAUUCAAGAGAACUACGACAAGGAGAUAUGGAUGAAGUCCAAAAAUGGAUUUUAUCGUUACUAAAACCAGAGAUACAACCAACUACAAGAGCACUAAAGAAAGGAUUUAUUUCCAAUGAAUUAUUGACAAGAUACUACAAAUUAGUAGGGCACAAAUAUCCAGAUCAUAUAUUUUCUAAAUGCAACGGAGAAGAUAACCAUGUACCAGAAGUGCAACUGGAAUGA